AUGAAGGAAGCCAUCGUUACCAAGGACAUCACCGUUCGAAUUAGAGACGUGCCUAUCCCCAAGCCCAAGCCUGGUCAGCUACUCAUCCGAACCAUCGUCUCCGGAACAAACCCCAAGGAUUGGAAGUAUCCCAAGGUGUGGGGUCGAGAUCUUGAGCCACGCAACCAGGGCGAUGACAUCGCGGGCUAUGUUGAAGCCGUUGGAGAAAAUGUCACUGGCUUCUCUCCCGGAGACCGUGUAGCUGCAUUCCACGAGCUGGGAACUCCGUAUGGCAGCUAUGCCGAAUACUCCAUCGCCUGGGCUAACUCUGCCUUCCACAUCCCGGCGGAUGUCACCUUCGAAGAGGCUGCGACGAUUCCUCUCGCCGGAAUGACGGCCGCACUGGGUGUCUACCAGAGACUGAAUCUCCCUGUGCCCUGGAACCCCGCAACAAAGUCGACUCCCUUCAUCGUUUACGGCGGUGCCACAGCCGUUGGCGCAUUUGCCAUCAAGCUAGCCAAGCUAUCCAACAUUCACCCCAUUGUCGCUAUAGCUGGCAAUGGUAUCCCUUUCGUCCAAGGCCUGCUCGAGCCUGAGAAGGGAGAUGUUGUCAUUGACUAUCGAAAGGGCAAUGACUUUGUCGCCGACCAGAUCCAUCAGGCCACAGGUGGUCGUGCAUUGCACGCAUUCGACGGCGUGUCGGAGAAGGGCAGCAUUAAUAACAUCGGCAAAGCUCUUGCCCCGGGAGGUGCCAUCGCCAUCGUCCUAACUGAAGAAAUGAGGGGAUAUCCCGAGGACGCCUGUGGUGCAGAUGUUCUCUUCACAAUGGUUGGCACCGUCCAUCUAGGAUCUCCCGCAUCUGCAGCGUCAGAAGCUGCUGGCGCGGCGUACGGAGAUCGUGAGUUUGGCAUCGCUUUCUUCCACUAUUUUGGAGUCGGUCUCGCGGAGGGAUGGUUCUCGGGUCACCCUUACGAGGUGCAACCGGGUGGGCUGUCGGGUAUUGAGAACGCGCUAAAGAUUCUGGAAGCCGGUAAAUUGUCUGCUAAGAAGCUUGUCAUUACACUUGCAGACAACUGA